AUGCACCUUUCUUCCAUCCUUUUAACAGCCAGCUGCUUAUUCUUCAGCUUCCUGCGGCUGGUUCAGGGAGACGACAAUGCUGGCCGCAACAUCCUCAAACCUCUCUAUCUGCCGAACCUCGAUGGAGCAUCAUUAUCCGCGCGGGCUCAGGGCUUCACGGUGUUGGACCCUAGAGAGUCCGAGACGCUCCUAUGGGGGAAUCUUAUAAAUGGAACCUCCGACUAUAUGCUUGCCAAUAUGACAUUGUAUACCGCCUCCUCAGGAGACCAGUUGAUCAUCUCGCUGGAACGCUUCCAUUCCAUGCUGAAAUCCGUCCAGUGCGGUAACACGACCGUGCUGGAGUUCGUGGACCAUGACGCCUUCCAAUACGCCAUCCAGGCUUGGAACUGGGUGAAUGAACACGAAAAUCACCAUUUCAUCCUGAUUGCCGACGACCCUGGUUGCGGGCCAGACGACCAGCGAGUGCCCUUCUAUAUCAACAGCGUCGAGUACGACGAGCAGCACUCCACCGUCCACCUCCAUGGCUCCGAAAAAGCCUGGCAAGAAGUCGCACAGACAUUCGACCUUGAAUAUGGUACCGUGUCGCCUCCUCCUCAAAGCAAUCUGAGCAAACGGUUCGGCGAAUGGGGGACUACGAAAGGGUUUUCCGUUCCCCUGAGCAACAAUUUGGAUGGAAACAUCUUCUAUGAACACAUCCCGUCCGGCGGCACAUUCAGGCUGGAUUGCACCGACUGUGGGAUUUCCGGCAGUCUCGACGUCACGUUUAAAAUCUCCGUCAGCUAUUCCAAGGGGUUCCUGGACAUUCCCAUCCCCGCCUGGGACUUUGAGAUACCGGACAUCGGCGGAUUUGCGACUCAUUUCAAGGGCAAGAUUGGCAUCUCGCUCUCCAAAACGCAGGAUGCCGUGACCAUCGACUUUGGCGCCGUUGCAAAGCUGCAAGACUCGGCGGUGGCCAAACUCGACCUGGUAAACCCGGACGAUGAGCAGUUCCACGGUUGGUUGCCCACCUUCCAGGCGAAGCCUUUCCACCUCAGCAACAACAUCUCUGCCGAUGUCAGCGUCUACCUGCAGUGGACGCUUGGUCCGCAGUUUACGCUCUUCAAUCAGGGGCUGGAAGCGGCUUUGGUCCUCAAGUUACCCGACUUCAAAGCCGCCAUCGAUGGGUUUGACUCGAAGGAGUCGGUGUGCGCGCAGAAGAACGAGGACGGUACAAGCGUUGACCUCUCGGUUGGUGCUGCUCUUGCUCUCCGGGCUGGGAAGAGGGGUGACCUCGCCAUUACGGCCGACAUUACAGAUCAACCCGUCUUUGGAGGCAGCGCGCCUCUUUUCAAGAGAGGGUUCGAAAUCGAAGGCUCAGAACAGGUUGACACGUUUGCGAACGAGGUCGAGCGAAAGACGGACGUCGCGAUACGCACGGCGGGAGACCUGGACAAGAGAUUCGACAUCGGUACACGGAUUCAGCUGACCUUGUGGGCUCCUACAUUGUGGGAUUUGUGGAAAUCAUGCCUGUUUGCCGAACCGAAAGGAUCAUCCUCGACCAAGGCGUCUUCAUCAGAACAUACCACAAGCACGAAGGAACCAGAACAUUCAACUACGACAGAGCCAACAAAACCUAGCACAACUGCAAAGGAACCGCCGGAGCAUUCAACUGCUACUACUGCAGAGCCAGAAAAACCUACCACAACCACGAAGGCACCGCCGGAAGAUUCAACUACUCCUCCUUCUACUCCUACUCCUCCUUUUCCUAAUACAACAAAGCCAGAAAAACCUAGCACAAGCACAAAGGCACCGCCAGAACAUUCAUCUACUCCUCCUCCUACUACUCCAACAGAUCCAGCAAAACCAACCGCCAUUCCUUCUGGAUCCGGACCUAAAGACUGCAAGAUCAUUGGCAAUCUCCUCAACCACAGACUCUGUCCCAGCACAAGCUGUACGUCUAUGGGCGAGUAUCCAGCAGGAACGAUAGUGAGCUUUGUAUGCCGGACGACUGGUGAAGAAAUCAAUGGAAACAGCUACUGGGACAAGAACACCAAGGGAGAAUAUGUGUCUGAAUACUAUGUGGAUAGUAGCUGUGCAGUUAGGAUGCAUGACUUACCCAAUAAUCACUGCAGAGAGUCUUCCUCCUUGCUAGCCAGAGGGAUAAAUAGGGGUUAA